UAAUCGGUGAAAUCCACCGAUUUCUAAUCCGUCCCUUUUGCUCAGAUUAGGUGCUGCUUCACUUUACCCUCCCUGUUUUACCCUCUGCCUCUUCUGUUCCCCUUUGCCUCUUCUGUUCCUUCCUUCUACCUUCUACCUUCUGCCGAUUUGCCCAUAAAAUAUGAAGGACCAAUUCACGCUCUUCACCAUAACAAAGCAGCUUUUAGGUAACAAUGGCUACCAACCACUUCCUCUAUCAGAGUGACUGACUCACUUCCUUUUGUUGAACACUUAUCAUCAAAUAAUCACAACUCCCAGAUUCAUAAAUUCACAAGAAGAAAAAUCCACUAAAACACUCAUUACCAACGAUGGGGAAGAAGCGGGUAAUGGUUCCGGCCAAGGAACUGGACUUGUCGACCGUUAAAUACGAGAAAGAAACAAUCCAAGCUCCUCAUUUGACAGGAUCGAUACUGAAGUUGUCUGUGAGGAUAAUUGAAAUUCCAAUUAUAGGUUCUUUGAUCAUAUCUUUCAUGAAAAAGGAGAAUAACAUGGUUGAGAGGUUGCAGAACACUGAGAUACCAGAAAAACCCAUGUUUAAACCUGAAUUUCCUCCUCAAGAAGCAGAACCUUCUGUUGUCAUUGUGGAUGAAGAAGGGAAACCUACUGAUAGAGUUGAAUCAGCCCUUAAGUGUCUUCCUCGUUAUGAUCCUGCUAGUUGCUGGAGUGGGGAUACAUUUCCAUCGUUCCGGUACUGGAAGAUUCGUGACUUUGCUUAUGCUUAUCGAUCAAAACUUGUGACACCUUCUAAGAUAGCAGAACAAAUCAUCACACUUGUUGAGGGGUGUAAAUAUCAUAAGGCCCCAACACCAUUAUUGAUUUCAUUUGAUGCUGAGGAUAUCAGGAAGCAAGCAACAGCUUCAACACAAAGGUUUAAAGAAGGAAAUCCAUUGUCAAUCUUCAUUGUACCACUCAUCUGCUUGUCUUUCUGCUUGUCAGAUAUCAACCUGGUGAAGUUAGAGCAUUCGGGAUGAUUGCUGGAGGCUUUGGCAUUACACUAAUGUUCCAAAUACUAACUUCUUGCUUCUACUCAAGCAAGGGAAUAUUGGUGUUCUGAAGAUUCUGAUAAUGGCGACAUCAAUUUGAACCGCAGUUGAUGUGCAUCUAUCACACUGUUUUUUAUUUUAUUUUUUGUACAUUCCACUGUACGUUCCAACUUGUUUGUAAUUCAAAUCUGGAAAACUUCUCUUGGUUCA